ACAAGUGUAAUUUUGUGAAACAAGAACAUGCGAGUUCUGAAAGAACUAGGUUAGAAGAUGGAACAAGAACAUGGAAGCUUUGAAAGGUUCUUAACAUGGACAUCACACCUUGGAAUAUCAGAUUCACCAACAACAAACACCGACCAAUCUCAGCACUCUCUUUCCUCUCUUGGUCAUUCUCUCUGCGUUUCUACCUUUCCUCACUCUGGCGGUAGAGGUUUGGGUGCUGUGAGAGAUCUUAAGAGGGGAGAAAUUAUUCUAAGAGUUCCAAAAUCUGCUUUGAUGACUAGUGAGAGUGUUAUUAUGGAAGAUAAGAAGCUAUGUCUUGCUGUCAAUAGACACUCUUCUCUCUCCUCUGUUCAGAUAUUGACUGUUUGCCUGUUAUACGAAGUUGGUAAAGGAAAGACUUCAAGGUGGCAUCCUUACCUCGUUCAUUUGCCACAAAGUUACGACUUGCUAGCCAUGUUUGGUGAAUUUGAGAAACAAGCUCUGCAAGUGGAUGAAGCUAUGUGGGUCACAGAAAAAGCUGUACAAAAAGCGAAAUCAGAAUGGAAAGAAGCUCAUGCCUUGAUGGAAGAUCUCAUGUUUAAGCCUCAGCUUUUAACAUUUAAGGCUUGGGUUUGGGCGGCUGCAACGAUAUCUUCCCGCACAUUGCAUAUACCAUGGGAUGAAGCUGGUUGUUUAUGCCCUGUUGGUGAUUUGUUUAAUUAUGAUGCACCUGGAGAGGAGCUAUCUGGUGUUGAGGACGUAGAUCAUUUUCUAUCAAAUGGAGACAUGAAUGUAGUGAUAGACGAAGGGCAGAUUGAUUUUAAUUCUCAGAGACUAACUGAUGGUGGGUUUGAAGAAGAUGCUAAUGCAUAUUGCUUUUAUGCUAGGACAAAUUACAAGAAAGGAGACCAGGUUCUAUUAUGCUAUGGAACAUACACAAAUUUGGAGCUUCUAGAACACUAUGGAUUUCUCUUGCAAGAAAAUCCAAAUGACAAAAUUUUCAUCCCUUUGGAACCUGCCAUGUACACUUCUACUUCAUGGUCUAAGGAAUCACUCUAUAUCCAUCCCAACGGAAAACCUUCGUUUGCGCUACUAGCUGCGUUACGAUUGUGGGCAACCCCUCAUAAUAAAAGGAGGUCUAUCGGACAUCUUGCAUAUUCUGGUUCUCAACUGUCUGCCGACAAUGAAAUUAUCGUUAUGAAAUGGUUGUCAAAAACCUGCGACGCUGUCUUAAAGAAUAUGCCAACAUCUAUUGAAGACGAUACCUUACUCCUGAAUGCAUUGGAUUGUAGUCAAGACUUUAUAACUUUCAUGAAGAUUGUUAAACUUAUGUCAUCCAGGGAUGAAGUUUAUACCUUCUUAGAAGCUCAUAAUAUAACAGACGCACUUAGUUUUUGUGAUACGAUUUCAUCUAAAAAAACGAGAAGGUCUAUGGAUAGGUGGAAAUUAGCUGUCUUAUGGAGGCUCAGGUAUAAGAGAGUCCUUGUUGAUUGUAUCUCUUAUUGCAAUGGAAUACUGGAUUCUUUCAUGAAAUGAUGUUAUGAUUAAUUGGUUGUAAUGCAAAUAAGGUUUUUCCUUAUUUUUGUGAGGGAUAUGAUUUACUAGAGAGUGAAAUAGGAAAGUCAACCUUGUACAACAGUAAUUUGAGCUUUUGCUGAUGUCUGAAUAGUUUUAGUUCAAAAAUUCAUUGAUGUCAAUGCAGUGUUUAGAUUUUAGAUGAUGGGAAUGCAAAUUUUGUAGCACUAUUUUAACAUUCA